CCCGGAAGUGCUACCGUAGAGCGGCGGCGGCGGUAACGCGCCGCCUGUGCAGUGAGGCGUCUUGUCUCCGGGCGACCGGACGCGGGCGACAUGGAAGUAAAAGAUGCCAAUUCUGCGCUGCUCUGUAACUAUGAGGUGUUCCAGUUACUAACAGAUCUGAAAGAGCAGCGUAAAGAGAGUGGAAAAAAUAAGCACAGUUCUGGGCAACAGAACUUGAAUACCAUCACCUAUGAAACAUUAAAAUACAUAUCCAAAACACCAUGCAGACACCAGAGUCCUGAGAUUGUCAGAGAAUUUCUCACAGCAAUGAAAAGCCACAAAUUGACCAAAGCAGAAAAGCUUCAGCUGGUGAAUCACAGGCCUGUGACUGCUGUUGAAAUCCAGCUGAUGGUGGAAGAGAGUGAAGAGAGGCUCACAGAGGAACAGGUUGAGGCCCUUCUCCUCACGGUUACCAGCAUCUUGCCUGCAGGGCCUGAGGCUGAGGAAAAGAAAACCUCCAGCAACGAGAAGGCAAUGGAGGAGGAGGACCCAGCCUAGAAGAGCACAUGCAGCUGGCCCAGGACUGUGAUGGAGUUAGGGCCCAGCAGCCAUUUCCUGGACACUGAUGGAGUUGUUUAUUUGAUUUUACCCUGAUUUCAUGGUAGGUUGGGAAGAAAUCACAAAAAUAA